UAAUUAAGAAUACUUUUAUCUUAAUGAAGUGAAAAGUAUGUCAAUUUUCCCUCGGGACAAGGGUAGAUUUUGAGCGAAAAUUAAGCAGUUUUUGUUUUUCAGACAUCUUCAUGGAUAUUUUUGAUAUAAAAUAAAUAAGAUAAAGUUUCGUCAAUGGAACCGCAAAAUCCUGAAGGAGUUAUGGAACUUGGAAAGCAUUACAGAGAAUGGAGUCGUUGGAAAAGAAAAGUACGCCACAGAUGAAGGGCUGGUUCCAUUUGAUAUCUUCAACACACAAAAUGAAUAUACUGGAAAAAUAUAUCUUUGUUCCAAGGCAAUCAGAAGAAAGAAUCACAGCCAUACGACAUACUCCCGCGCUGUCUGCUGCACAGAUGGCGCGAAGUAUUAAAAGCCCUGUGUGCCGAAUUGCACUUCUUUUGUUAAUGUACUACGGUACAGUUAUUGAAACAAGAGAUAUCGUGUCUGAAAGAUGUGAGGAUCAACACGGUGCUAGCCUGAAUGAGAAUUUUGCUUUAAACAAAGUUGCCACACAAAGCAGCACUUCAAACAACGGCGUCGCUAGUCGCCUGGUCGAUGGAAAUCGUAAUCCAUAUUUCGGAAACAACAGCUGCUCAGAAACCAACACUCACAAUGACGUAUUUUGGAAAGUCGACCUGGGGACUGAGGUUUACGUCACUUCGGUAACCAUAACAACGCGUGCUGACGAUUAUUGGCUGGCGAAGAACAAUUUUUCCAUCCAGGUUUUGGACGCUUCUGGAACUCGUUUGUGUGCGUCCGGCUUGUUCGCACAUAACGGCGAGUCAACCACGUACGCUUGUGAGAACGUUGGAAAAAGUAGUGUGGUAAAAAUCAUUCUUGACGGAAAUAAAAAACAACUCUCACUUUGUGAAGUCGAGGUUUACGGAUAUCCAUCUAAUUUUUAUGAAAACGGAGUGAACUUUGCGUUACGACAACCGGCGAAACAGUCAACGAUAUAUCAAACCCAUGCCUCAGCACCCGAGGUUGUCGAUGGGAUACGGAACACGGCGUACACAUUUGGAUCCUGCACCCAUACCACUCAAUAUGGUGGAGACUGGUGGUCUGUUGAUUUAGGAGUACUUGUUGAUGUUAAUGCAAUAACAGUUACUAACAGAGGUGAUGCCGCCUCUUCGACUCUGGAAAACUUUGAUAUUCGUAUUGGAAGAAACUGGCAUCCUUCGAAGAACCCAAGUUGUACCAAGCAUCCAAACCUUGCAACGGGAGAAACACGGGCGAUUUUCUGUUCGCGUCCUAUGCGUGGAAGUUAUGUAGGAAUUGUACAAAAAAUAAAAAGCGCUUUGCUUUUUUGUGAAGUUUCUGUACACGGCCGAGAAGUUAGUGCAAUAACUGCAAAUGAACCGGUCUGUUUCGCGCCGAAACCACUCGGAAUGGAAGACCAUACUAUCCUGGCUUCCCAGUUAAAGGCUUCAUCCAGAUUUAAUCCCCUGACAGAUGCAAGUUACGCGAGAUUAAAUUCCAUCCCUAAUAAUGUCCAUGCUGGAACGUGGCAUGCCUCCAUGAGUGACGUCGUACAGCCCUGGAUCCAAGUAGCAUUUCUCUGGUUAGCUGCUGUCAUCGAAGUUCAGACUCAGGGAAGAAAUGGUUUUGCGCAAUGGGUGAAAAGUUUUCGAAUUUCCUCCAGCAAUGAUUUUGUUCGCUACGAGCCGUACUCGGUUCAUGGUUCAAACGGUGCAACAACUUUUCCUGGCAACUCAGAUAGCGACACUGUGGUUUCUCAUCGUUUACAACCGGUUCGUGUUGUUCGUAUUGUCCGCUUAGACGUUCUGUCUUUUGAAUGGGCUCCUACUUUGCGCGUGGAGUUUGUCGGCUGUUACUACAAGGAUACAGCGUUUCCUCUUCCUCAAGCACUUGGAAUACAGAGCAAGGCAAUUUCAGACUCUCUCAUUGACAGUUCCACAGAACUAGGCCCAGGCUACGGUCGAAAGCUAGCGCGUCUAAUGGGUCGUGUGGCAUGGAUACCGGCCAGCGGAGACACAGAUCCUUGGAUACAAAUCAAUUUUGUCUUAAUGGUGACAAUCGUGGAGAUUUUAACUCAAGGAAGAUCGAUUCAUAACCAGUGGGUGAAAAACUAUAAGGUUGCGUUUGCACAACAGCCGACCAUCAUUCGAUUUUAUCGAGAAAAUGGAGUGGAAAAGCUCUUUCGUGGAAAUACGGAUAGGGACACCGUUGUAGCAAAUGCCUUGUCUCCAGCAAUACGUGCCCAGUAUAUCCGUAUCUACCCCAAAGAAUAUAAUGAUCACCGGGCGAUGAGAUUGGAAUUUAUUGGUUAUUAUAAAGAUCAGGAGAUCGGACCUCUUGGCCUUGAAAAUAAACGAAUACAAGAUGAUCAGUUAAGUGCGUCAGCGUUGCACUACUCCUCACACAGCCCAAACAGGGGUCGUUUAUAUGACGAUAAAGGCUGGGUUGCUGGCUCUAAGUCAGGAGAAAUAUGGCUACAAGUUGACUUCUUACGUCUUGCAAAAGUAUCAGAAAUUUGGACGCAAGGGCGAGGAAAUUACGACCAAUGGAUUAAGACCUUUCGUGUACAAUACUCUAUGGACACCACACAAUUUACUACUUACAAGCCUUUUGGACGUGAUGAGGCAUUAACGGCCAAUACUGACCGUCAUUCCGCAGUUUGCCAGAAAAUUUUGCCUGCUAUCGAAGCUCGAGUUCUUCGCAUUCUUUCUGAUCAAAUUCAUAGCUACCCUGCUCUUAGGAUGGAGGUUGUUGGGUACUAUAUAACGUACGCAGCCUCGUGUUACGUCAGACCAUUAGGCAUGGAAAGCCGGGAGAUUUCAGAUACACAAAUCACGGCAUCUUCAUCGAUUAAUGGUCAUUUCCUGCCCGGCGGUGCUCGCUUGAAUUUCAUAAAUGCCGGUGCUCCAAGGAAAGGUUGGCGCACUCUUCCUGGUGAUCGCAAUGCUUGGCUUCAAGUUGCCUUUCAUCAGAUGGUUGAUAUCGUUGAGGUUCAAACCCAGCCACGUAGCAGCAUUGAAAUGUUCUACAAUUAUACGUUUUCCUACGGGAAUAAUGGUGUGAAUUUUACAACGUACACCCAAGAUGAUGUGAUUAAGGUGUUUCCAGGUAGUCGUGUUCCUGGGACCACUAUUCGUCAUUCCCUCUGGCCAUAUAUAACUGCUAGGUUCAUUCGUAUUAACGCCGUAUCAUCUACUGAUUCGUGUGGGAUAAAGGCGGAAUUUAUCGGUGCAUAUCAAGGUAUUCAUGGACCUGAACUUAUUGAUCCGGAAUAUGUUGAAUUUGAAAACACACUAUACGCCUCCUCUUCGAAGGAUUGGAAUCACCAGCCACAGCAUGGUAUUAUCUCUCGUCAUUUUGAAACAACAGCUUGGUCUCCGUUGAAAAAGGAAGAAGGACAGUAUAUUCAGAUUGAUUUGCUUCAAUUGACGACGAUAGCUGGUGUUGGUUUUCGUCUAGCCGGUGACCGGAUGGCCGAUCAUUAUACCAAACUCAUGUUGAUGUACGGAGACGUCGCAGAUUCAAUGAAGUUUUUUAGAGACAACGCUGGCAAUGUGAAGCUUUUUGAUACAAGAUACUGUUAUAGACGCUUGGAAAGACGUGUUCUUGCUCGCUUCGUGCGAUUUAGUAUCGAUAGCUGGGAAACACGUCCUGAUUUCAGAUUUCAACUUUACGAGACAACAGAAUACAGCGAAGCCGGUGCUGGAAUCGAAACUGGCAGUAUUAAAGAUCAUCAAAUGAAGUCAUCAAAUCACCCUAAUGAUCCCUUUGCGGCCCACGAAGGUCGCCUGAAUGCCCCCAGGGCCUGGUGCGGUAAUCCGUCGCGAAAGAAGCUUUAUUUACAAAUUGAUUUUAUCUGGAAUUUCGAAGUUCACGCUGUAUCGACUCAAGGCAAAACUGUCGGUGUAAUGAUGUACGUCACGAAGUACAAAUUAUCAAGUAGCUUAGAUGGCAUUUAUUGGAAUCCGUAUGAAGAAGAACAAAUUGUUAAGAUAUUCACUGGAAACACCGACUGUCGGUGCAUCCGAAAAAAUCCUGUUCAGCCAUUCCUUGCUCGAGCAGUAAGAUUUCUUCCCACGGCCUGGAAGGAUGCGCCGUGUUUGAGAGUGGAAGUUUUCGGCGUCUAUAAAGGAAUUCUUCGGGUUCAUGCACGGUCUGGUGUUCUGAAAGGACCAAAAGAAACAAUUGUAACACGGAAGUGUUCGAUCAAGUUAAACGGGAAGGAGGUUAGUCGACAGCUGCCAGGUUAUAACGUUGCUGUUGUAAACCCAACAACUGGCUCUCUCAACUCCUCGAGAUCGGCAGAAAAAGCUUCAGAAUUAAACAAUUUGUUGAUGGGGAUCCCUGAUGACUCUAUCGUAGUGGUCGCCACACAGAACGUUACCCAAAGGCCACCGAAUGAAACUCUACACCUUCUCGAAAGUGUUGGUGCAAUCGCAUUACGAUACUCCAUUGAAUCUGAUCACAUGAUGUUCUUACUCGUUGGUUAUAAAGGCAAGAGAAGGGUGAAGUGGAUUAAAGAGAAAUUAGGAACAGCUAAAGAUGAUAUCAUUAGGAUUGCUGUGCCAAUUAAACUCAAUGAAAAUGAGGUGAAGCCAGAAAUUGAUGAACAGUUUGUCAAUGCGAACAGCAACGAGACAACUGACUCCAUCUCGCUUUCCGGGAACAAGGCAUACAUCUUCCGUAAUGUAACUGGAAGGUGCGGGGAUAACAAUACAAAUUGUGAAAUGGGCUUUUCUUUGGCCAUGUGGAUGAAACAGGAACCAAUCGACUACAUGGAAAACGUAGAAUCACCUCCGACCUCAGAACGCAUCGACUUACAGUAUUACUCAAACGGUUACAACUACAUUGUGUUGCCUGAUAAGAAAACAUGGAAUGCGGCAAGAAGGUAUUGUCUUGGUAUUGGUGGGACACUUCCAGUGAAUCAUUAUCACGAGUCGCUGGAUUAUCUUCUGGCUCUCAGCAAUAGACUAGUUUUGGGCACGUUUUGGUUCGGUUUGACCAUUCACCCUUACGUGGCUAGCUAUCCCGAAUGGAUGGACGGAUCACCAGCUGUGACUACGAAAUGGAAACUAAACGAGCCAUCUGGGCUCCCUGAAGCAUGCGCGGUAGAAACAUUAACUGGUUUAAACGAUGUAGUCUGUGAGGAUACUGGCUACCCGAGAACCGUUAUUUGUCAACAGCCAAUCCAAGAUUUGCUCGGUAACGAUAUUAUUUUCCCCCUCGGCAUGGAGGCGAGGCUGAUACCAGAUGCCAGUGUUACAGUCUCAAGUGCAGUUGUUGGCGCACCAGGAGGUUUUGGUCGCCUUAACAAGAAUGGGAAUCCUUGGUGUGCGUUGGACACUGAUGAGAAUCCAUAUUUUCAAGUCGACCUUGGCAGGUUGACAAGAAUUUGCGCAGUAGCCACACAAGGACGAGGGAAAGAUACAUCGUAUUUACAAUACCCCGAGGUCUUCUGGCUGCAAAUGACAAACAAUAGUGUUAACUGGACCACCUUACAGCACCACGAUCAGAUAAAGUAUUUUCGUGCAAACUACGACAACUACGGUGUGGUAAUAAACCGAUUUCCCCAACCGGAAAUAGCUCAGAUGAUUCGCAUCAAUAUCCUGAAAUAUUUUGGCGCUAAACUUUGCAUGAGAAUUGAGCUUUUUGGUUGUAGCACAGGGCCCAGCGAGAAACAGAAUAUCGACCCCGUUCUGCCGCCUAAAAGCAUUCCGGAAGAUACGCCACGAAGCUGUCUUGAUGUUCUCAUGCGAGGUAAAACAUCGGACGGUGUCUACAUGAUAGAUCCUGACGGGAGAGGUGCUUUUCCAGCCUUUUGCGAUCAGUCGACAGAUGGUGGUGGUUGGACGGUAUUUCAAAACCGUUUUGAUGGCUCUGUUGACUUCAACAGGAUCUGGGAUGAAUACAAAUGGGGCUUCGGGGAUUCGUAUGGAGAACAUUGGCUUGGAUUGGAGUACAUCUCAAGGAUAACACAUGCCUACGCAGUUGAUUUACAGGUGAAUUUGAAAUCCGCUCAUGGGUACUACCUGGUGAAUAAUUUUCAUCGAUUUACCAUCAGCGAUGAAGCGAGUGGCUAUACAUUGAGUUAUAGCUCUCGCCAUGGAGCAAAGAGUGAUUCACUUGAUGUGCAAAAAAAUAGGAAGUUUGAAACGAAAUACAAUCACGGACACCACAAUAAGCCAGCACUUUAUGGAGGGGCCUGGUGGUAUGGAAAUGCUGGCACGCAUUCAAACCUCAAUGGAAAAUAUCAGACUAUCCCAUCAGUUUAUUUAUAUACAAAUAUGUUCUGGUAUAAAUGGGAAAAUUUUAUAAGCAUGGUAACCACGAGAAUGAUGUUGAGAGAAGGCAGUUCAAGUAUUGGAUCCGCUCUUGGACUGGAAUAUCACCAGGUCAUACAAGAUUAUCAAAUAAAGUCGUCGUUCGUCGACAAUACUAGGCCACCAACUGCAGGAAGGCUGAACCAUGCUAGUUUUUGGUCGGGGUCUGAUACGGCUGGGCAAUUUCUAUCCGUCAAUUUCAUUUCUCCUCGACGUAUAACCCACAUCUCGACCCAAGGUGGAAGUGAUUUAAAAUAUGUGGAUUUGUUUUCCGUAAAGUUUAGGAAUCUUGAUGGUUCGAUUGCUUCUUAUGAAGAAAAUGGAAAAGAAAAGAAAUUCGAAGGCAACAACGUUGCAUCAGUGGCAAAUGCAAGUGCAAUCGUAUCGAAUUGCUUCAAAGAACCAGUGGAAGCUACAGAGAUAUUUGUUUAUGCAUUAUCCUGUAAAGGAGGUGGCUGUUCUCUCAGAAUGGAGUUAUACGCUUGCGAAAACACUUGUUCUGCCCCAAUUGGAAUUCAAUCUAGUCUUCCCUUGGACAAACUUUCCUCUUCGGAAUCGACUUCACCUAUGGAUGAUUUGCGUCUGUUUACAUCAACCCCACCUUGGAAAGGUGUCCACUCAAGCGGCAGUAAAUAUGUUGAAGCAAAGUUUCCCGAGCUCUUUAAGGUUACCACAAUAGCAACACAAGGCGGUGAAUACGUUGAUGGCAGUGUUAAAGGGAGCUGUUAUGUGUUAAACUAUUAUCUUAUGUAUUUAAACGAGCAAAUGAAGUGGGUCACCUAUGGUGGACGGAAGCCGAAGAUUUUAAACGGGAACAGAAAUCGCCGCUCAAUUGUGAAAAAUAAGCUUGAAUCACCCUUUCUGGCCCAUGCUGUACGCGUCGUUAGAGUGAAGGCUUUUAAACGGACAUGUCUAAAAAUGGAGGUUUAUGGAUGCUAUCCAGAUAAUCCUUCCAUUGUUCUCCACACCGAGACGUUAGUUCCUGGUGAAGAUUCAAAAAUUACAGGCCGAUACCGUUAUUGCCCAGACUGCGAUAAGUGUCCUGGUUGUAUAAAAAGCAUAUGUCUUCGGGUCUUUGAUAAGAAGUAUCCUGUGGCUGAAUACUUUGCCCACGAUUGCAAUUAUCAAAACUUUGAUAUCCAGGUUAAAACCUCCGUGACACCUGGGCGGCACAGAGUUUACUUGAUCGAAAGUGAGUACGCAAAUUGUCAAACAAAUAAAGCUGCUAACGACGAACGACUUGUUGGAAGUAUAUAUGUGAGGAAAGAACCCUCGAACUGCCUCGAGUUACUGUUGGCCGGAAAAACGGACAGCGGAAAAUAUUUCAUCGACCCUGAUGGAAAGGGUUCAUUCGAGGUGUACUGUGACCAAUCGCUGUUUGGAGGUGGCUGGACUGUUUUUCAAACACGCGAAACAGACUCGCCAAUUUUUGAACCCAACACUUGGUUAAAGUACAAGUCUGGUUUCGGGGAGCUUGAUGGCGACUUUUGGCUUGGUAAUGAAAUGAUACACAGAUUGACCACUGAAAAACAAGAACUUUCACUAGAGUUGCAGGCGAAUACCCAGGAUGAUGUAGAUUUUGUGCUCUAUAAAUCUUUUCAAGUUUCCAAUGAGGAAGAUGGAUAUAGAUUGCACGUGGCGGAGUAUGAACCUGGUAGUCCUGCUGGGGACUGCUUGCUAUUGUAUGACGGAGUGAAGUUUUCAAGUAAAGACAAAAACCAUGAUACUCCCGGGUGUAAACGGGGCUUUGGUUGGUGGUUUAAAGGUUGCAGUUCCUGUAGACUGAAUGGGUUAACUGACCCAUCGCAAACAAAGCCUGAGCGAAUGAAAUACAUUUCAUGGAGUAAUAAGGCGUACCUUAAAAGGGCUAAAAUGAAAGUCCGCGCUAGAGAAACGGUUUUCUGCAAUGAACAUUACUGUUAUUACCUGCUAAAAACGUGGAAGAAUUGGUUUGAAGCAAGUCCGGAAUGCCGAAGAUUUAAUUCCGAUCUCGUAUCCAUCCGUGAUGCCACAGAAAAUGAAUGGAUAAGAAAGAAGAUCCUCACGAAACUAGCUGUGGAGAAGGUUCACAUUGGACUGAAAAAUACGUCGUGGCUCGAUGGUGGCUCUUUUGAGUUUCACAAUUUCUCAAGCAAUAUGCAAAGUGAAUUGUGUCCAGUUUUAAACAGCGACGGAAGCUGGCGAUAUCAUGACUGUGCCUUAAAAGCACGUAUUCUUUGCAAAAGAGGUAAAUGGUGUUACAGAAAUAGAUGUCAUCUCUAUACAGAUAAUUUCGUCGAUAUCGACAAAAACGUGAAAUAUUGCCAGGACAUUGGAUACAAGUUGUCAAAGAUUAGAAACGAGGAGGAGAUGGAGUAUCUCAAAAUGAUCAACUUUGCUUCCACUGACGGCUCUUCCUGGCGGGAAGUGUAUUUUAGUUUAAGUUUGGAUUCUCUUCGUCAACCCUACUGGCGCGACGGGAAGAAAGUGCGCUCGACAUUUUGGAGGGGGAAUGAGCCCGACGAAGUUAGCAAAAAAUGUGGAAAACUUUGGAGUGAUGGUUGGGCAGACGCAGUCUGUAAUUGGGGAGGGAAUGCGAUUUGUGAAAAAGUUUACAAAGAGCAUCCAUUGGAUUGUUUGGACCUGUUACUGUCUGGCGGAACAACCAGUGGUAUCUACACUGUCGAUCCUGACGGCAUGGAACCCAUCAAGGUGUUCUGUGACCAGGAAACAUUCGGAGGGGGGUGGACAGUUCUUUUGAGACGGAUCGACAACUCUCUUAACUUUACGGAUAAAGGAUGGGAAGAUUACAAAAAUGGUUUUGGUGCACUGGGAAACAACUUUUGGCUUGGAAAUGAUAAUAACCACAGACUUACUAAGCUUAAGCAAGAAGUCCUGUUCGAUCUGGAAUCCGAUAACGGGGACAAUGGUUUUGCUUUGUACAAAACGUUCCAAGUUGCCGAUGAAGAGAACCUGUACAAUUUAACAAUCAAAGAAUACCAAACAUCAUAUAUUGGCGAUGCAAUGGCGGACAAUAAUCUAAUGGCAUUCUCGACUAAGGAUAGAGAUAAUGAUAAGAGUUCUGACGAUAACUGUGCUUUAGAAAGACUCAGUGGUUGGUGGUUUAAUUCUUGUACGCAAGCACUUCUCACAGGUCAAUAUUUGUUUAGUGAAGCUAGUAAGAUGAUCUCUUGGAAAACAUGGGCCUCAAACCAUGGAAUUAAGACAGCGGAUAUGAAAAUUCGUAGCUCAUCUGCGGUCACCUGCAAUGACAAAUUCUGCUACUACUUGACGUACACAAAGAAAACGUGGCGCGAGGCUCUUCGGGAAUGUCGAAAUUUCAACGCAGAAUUACUUUCCAUUCAUUCCGAAGAGGAAAAUGUUUUGAUUUCAGGCUUUAUUCAACCCCAAGCUAUCGACUCUGUGCAUUUAGGACUGAUCGCAUCUGAUUACUGGAGCGAUGGCAGUCCCGCGAAAUUUAGCAAACUUUCUGCUUCGCUUCCUACCGGAUCAUGCGGCUCGUUGGAGCCAAAUGUUAACAACUGGCAAGUGGAUGAUUGUAAUGAACCCAAGCGUGUUGUUUGCAAGAGAGGAAAGCAUUGUUUUAAAGGAGAUUGUUAUUUCUCUGCUCCUGUAUCGACUCCUGCACCGGUUUGGUCAUUGUGUGAAACGUAUGGUUGGAAGCCAGUUAAAGUCUCCAGUCGAGAUGAGAAGGAAUAUUUGUUGAAACUCGUUAGAGAAUAUACGGCUGAUAAUUCAUUUCCUUGGCCAGUCAAUGGUCUAGUUUAUAGCUCCUCAGAUCAGGACAGGGUGUGGCCUGAUGGCACCAUGUUAAGAUAUAAUGAUUGGUGCUGUGGCGAACCUAACGGUGGGGGAGGGGGUGAAAUUUAUUCCUGUUUUAGUACCGCAGGAUUUUAUGACGUUCCGACUGCUCACCAGUGUGUACCAUUCUGUGAGAAAGCUCCUACCAUCAAAUUCUGUAACGAAGUCAAACAGAAAUACGACCGCUCUGAUAGCGGUGUAUAUGCUUACGAGGGCAAAGACUCGAAGACCUUCGGAGUUCACUGCGAACUUGGGUCAAACGAUGGUCCCUGGCUUGUAUUUCAACGUAGAGUUGAGAAGGAACCCCCCACUGAUUUUGCAACCCAAUCGUGGACUUCAUUUAAGAAUGGUUUUGGCACCAAGGAAAGUAAUUUCUGGCUAGGAAACCAGUAUAUUCACGAGAUCACAUGGAACAAUCCACACAGACUCAAAAUUGUCAUAUAUUCAUCGGAUUUUAAUGUUUACGAAGCUAUUUAUGAGGACUUCUACCUCGGAGCUGAAGAUUCAGGAUAUGUCAUAAACUUUGGCGCUUAUUCAGGCAAUGCAGGUGAUGCGCUCUCGAGGCAUCGUGGGAUGCAGUUCUCAGCUACUGGAGAUGAUCGCAGUGCCUCAGGUUGCACAACAUCACAUCCUGGUGGUUGGUGGUUUGAGAACUGUCUGGAUUCCAAUCUUAACGGAAUAUUCACAGAACCAAGCAAUGCCGAGGGCAAAAUAUUCUGGAGAACUAUCAGGGCUAAUAUUCUUAAGACAGAAAUGAAAAUACAACCAUACGAUACAAAAAGUUCUCGGGUAGCACAAACAGUUCAAGGACAAACCACUUCGCUAAGCCUGACUUCAAAGCAGGACUGGAUGGAGGUUAACCUACAAACACCAUCGCAACAAUGGAUCGCCCAUGUUCUUCAUCCGGGGCCUUUCCCGACGCACGUGUCCAUCACAUGGGAGGAGAGUGCGUGUCUAAGAUAUUACGAAAACGGGAUAAUGCUUGCCGAAGUCCCUGCAAUGCUCCACGAACGGCCUGGAUACCAAUACACGUCUCUUUCUGUGUUCGUUGAUCUGCCGUAUUUAUGGUUACAACGAAUGAAAUUGUGGAAUGAAAAGAUAUCGUCAUCGGAUGCUUAUAGUGAAUACGGCAUGACGGAAAUCACAUUCGACAAUGAGGAAGGAUUGGAAUGGAUACACAAUAGAACCUCAAACUACGUCUGGGAGAUUCGACAAACGUGCACACCAAGUAACAAAACCGGAGCUUGUGGUGACCAUACCUACCACAGAAAUACAGGUUCUUUUUUCAACACCGAAGCAUCAUGGCCAGCAUAUCCUGAGGACGUAGCAGUCAUUGAAAGUCCCACCUUUUCAUAUCAUUACAAAUGCCUUUUAUUUUGGUAUCAUUUAUACGGUCGAAGGAUGGGGACAUUGAGUGUUUAUGCGAAAACGAACAGCCACAAACGCAUGCUUCUUGUUGAGAUUAAGGGGGAUAUCGGAAACGAAUGGAGAUCGAUGCAGGUUGAUCUUGAAAUAACCGAAGUGUUUAAGAUAAUAUUUGAAGCAACACGAGGUGAAGGGUAUCAAAGUGAUGCUGCUAUUGAUGAUAUUUCUCUGACGAUAGAAAUCUGCAAAAAAGAAUGUGAUCCUCCAUGUGAUCCUGGAAAGAAAUGCAAUUAUUCUUCUCUGCAAUGUGUAUAUGACGGAAUUUAUGAUCACCUUUGGUCUAUGGACAGCUCGAUAAAACUUUUCGAUGAUAAGAGAGCCUUUCAAUCGUCUGUUUCCAACCUAAUUCAGAUACCUGGGGUGGUACAUAAUGCCGUUGAAUACGGCUCAGGCGGACUCGCUGUUUUUAGCGAUAAAUGCUUUAUGGGUAUUUGUUUUCCAAAGUACACUCUAUCCUUUUGGUUUAAGUACGAUUCCUGGUCAAACAACGGCGAUAACAUUCUUCUUUCCUUUGGUGAAUAUUUUAAAUGUUUUCAUCGAGCUGGUGUUCCCGAGGAUCACUUGAUUGUGUCGACGUUUGUUGGUUUGACAAGAUGCGAAUUUGAAAUAUUUGCCCCGGCAAAAAUAUGGAAUCAUCUUAUUUUUGUUGUCGGUGACGAUGGAAACUUUACAAUUUAUCGUAACGGACAGGAGGUGACAAAUUUCACUACCGCUUGCACUGAAAACCAGUACGGUCCCACUUCGUUAUUAGGUGCUACUAAUGUGAUGCUUGGAACGGGCGCAAUAUUUGCGAGAAAUUUUGCCAUCGAUGACUUGAGAUUAUUGUUUGAUGCGCUUUCUGUGGAGGACACACUAGAGAAUUACAAGAUAAUCACAGGACACAAUCAAAGCAUUUGGUUCCAAGUCAACUUGACGACGAUUCCUUGGUCGGAGGAGUUAAGUGAUGAUGAAAGAGAUUUGUUCAAAACUACUGCUCAACAUAUCAGCGACAAGGUUAUGGCAACAUUACGAGAAAGAUCUGACAUAAAGAGUGUUCAUGUGCAAAAAUUUAGUCAUAAAAGCACUCUCGCUGAAGUGGAAGUUCUCUACGACAAAGUGUCGUACUAUGAUAUACUCUCGUUAGAGGAAGCUAUUCUUGUUAACAAAACAUGCGAUGGCUUAGAAAUGUAUGGCAUUGAAGUGAACUCGACAUCUGUGCCCAAUGUCCCUCCACAAAAUUUCACGGCCGUCGCCAUAAAUACCACAGCUAUAUCAGUUAGUUGGGCACCGGUGCCUUCUUCAAACCUCAACGGAGUUUUCCAAGGGUACAAGGUGUUGUACAGAAAAACUAAUGAGAACAACGGUUAUUCAGAAUAUCUGUCUACAACCAUAUAUGCAGAAAAUAAUAAAGAACUAUUACAGGGCCUUGAUAUAUUCACGAAUUAUACUUUAAGAGUUCUUGCCUUUACACUCAGUGGGGACGGAUUUCCAACUGAUCCUCUGAUUGCGAGAACAUUUGAUGCGGAAGUUACUGAGAGUCCUAAUAUGACGGUCACAAACAUCAGCUCAACAGCUCUGUAUGUAAACUGGACUAUGCUACCAAAUUCGACAGUGGACUACAGGCAAAUGCUUGGCUAUAAAAUGUUUUAUUGGAAAGAUGCAGAGGAACCCGAAGUGUUCAAUGUGACAUUCCCUCCGAAUACCAGACAAAUGUUGUUUGAAAACUUGGAGAAAUGGACAACGUACUGCUUCACAAUUGCUGGUUUUAAUACCGCUGGGGCAGGACCAAACGAUACGCAGUGUGAACGCACGUUUGAAGAUGCACCAGAACAGGCACCUCUGAACGUGUCAGCAGCACAAGUGACAACAUCAUCAAUACAAAUCAAGUGGUUUCCACCACCAAAGUCGGCGGUGCCUGGGAUCCUACGUUAUUACAACAUCAGCUAUCGUGUUCUUAAUAUCAGCGACAGUGAAGUGGUUGAACUGAGUGUGCCUGUCUCCACCACGACGCAUUUGAUCGAGGGUCUUACUGGUCUUCUGUUGUGUGAAAUCAACGUAACAGCUUAUACUGUCGAUGUUGGACCAGUUCAGACGAUCAGAGUAAUCACGAAUGAAGGAGUUCCAUUGGCGGCACCAAACAUAACUCUGGUGAACACCAGCUCAACGUCCAUCGCAAUGAAUUGGACAGCGCUUCCUUGGGCAUUUCACAACGGCAUUUUACUGGGUUACCGCAUUUGGUUAUUGAAGGAGGAAACAGGCGGCACUUUUUCUCAAACUGAACAAACAUUCUCCACUAAUGAAUUUCACAAACACCUGGUGAACAUGUCCAAAUGGACAAAUUAUUGUGUACGAAUCGCUGGGUACACUGCCGUUGGUGAUGGUUCUCAAUCAGCGACACCCGAAUGUGCUCGAACGUUUGAGGAUGCUCCUGAGGAACCACCAAAUAACUUGGUCGCGCAGGAUGUAAGCGUAACCACUAUCCAGGUGACGUGGAAUCCUCCACCAGCUGUCUCAGUUCCGGGUAUAAUCCGAUUCUAUAACGUCACGUACCGAAAUCUAAACUACACCAGGGAGAAUCUGACGGCUCAUCAAAUUGGCGCGAAUGACCGCCCGUUUAUGCUGGCCAACCUACAUGGAUUGACUCUUUAUGAGAUUAAUGUCACGGCUAUCACCAUUCUCCCUGGUCCGUGGAGAACCCUGCAUGUCUUGACUCAGGAAGGAGUUCCCGUGAUCCCUCCGGUUAAUAUAAUGUGGCGAAAUUUAAGUUCGACGUCUCUCAAUGUAUCAUGGAAUCCACCGCCUCCACAUCUGUGCAACGGCAUUAUCACUGGAUAUAACGUGUCCGUUUGGAAACGCUCUGAACCGCAAGACGUCACGAAUCAUACUUUGUCUGCCAGCGAGCAAGUCAAGCUCUUCGAGGGUCUCGAAAAAUGGACCUUUUAUUGUGGCCAAAUUGUCGCGUUUACGAGGAUUGGCGAAGGUCCACGAUCGCCAGUUGAAUGUAUUCGGACUUUUGAAGAUGAGCCUGAAGUCUCCCCUCGCAGCAUGAAUGGAACGAACGCAACCUGGACAUCAGUUUAUCUUACGUGGGAUCCAAUCGAUCCAACGUUCAUUCCUGGUGUAUUGAGAUCGUACCGAGUGACAUAUGAAGUACUGGAUCCAGAGUAUGAGCAAUUUAACCACAGCUACGAUGGCUCAAUAUUGGUCGACGCUCAGGCGAACUCUGUCAACCUCACAGGUUUGAUAGGGUUGACCAAGUAUAAAGUGACAGUGAAUGGUCGUACUGUUAAAGAUGGACCUAUCGUUCAGGUUAAUUUAAAAACAGUGGAAGGAGUACCAACAUCACCUCCGGAGGAAGUCGCCCCCACAGAUGUGACACCAACAACAGUAUCUUUAACCUGGAAAGAUAUCUUUCUCCCGGAGAGACACGGCCUUAUCAAAGGAUACGAAUUGACGUACAGGAAACUAGAGGAACGAAGCAAACGAGAAGCUGAUAAGACACUCACUUUCGGUGCAGAUGUCCACACGGCGUUUCUGAUCAAACUUGUUCCGUACACUAACUAUAGUUUUACCGUGGCUGGAUAUACUGCCGAAGGAGUAGGCGCGAAGAAGCAUUUUGUUAUCGAAACAAAGGAAGGAGUUCCAAAUGUUUCACCGAAGAAUUCAUACGGUGUAAAUUUUACUGGACCCACAACAAUCUUUGUCGGAUGGGGUUCUCUCACAAAAGCAGAACUCGAAGGACGCUUGGUGGGCUACGAGGUCAGGUACAGGAAAUUCUCGGUUGCAGAUGAAAUUUUACAAGACCCCGCACCAGAGAUGGUCAAAGUUGUUUAUUCAGACAUCAAUGGGAUAAAACUGACGGGGCUGGAGACAUACACAACCUAUCAAGUCCAAGUCGCAGCUAUGAGCGGUGGUGGUCGUGGUGUCUGGUCUGAUAUUUUGUAUGUUGCAACAUGUCGCUGUCACAAGAUUUUGACCACAAAUUACUGGAACUUCAACCCGUACACGAACGUCUCGGUUCGGAAUUCUUAUUUCGGUUUCAUUCCAUACCUGCUGGACAUGGUCACUUUCUCCUGCUGUCAAAACUGUCUUGAACAUGGCACUUCCGAAGUCGACUACUUUCACGAUGGCCAAGGCAAAGCCCCGGCGAGAGACUCUGAUAUAUCAGUAAAGACGAACAUCACUUUGAGCACAGACUUUAGUUUUCCAGUUUACGGCUUUAAAGGACAGACAACGUACAUGAAGUAUUACGGUUAUGCUUCUAUCAUUGAGACCGUGGGAUCAGUCUUCUUCACUCUUAAACCAGAUUACAGCUUGACUCAAGGCGGGGUGUUGUUUGAUGCUGUCCUAACCAUCGUGCCAUUCCUGGCUAUCUCAGUAAUAUUUGCGUACAUCGCUGGCGUGAUACUAUGGGCGUUGGAAUGCCAUCAUAACGAGAACGAAUAUCCGCCAAGGUUUUUUGCGGGGGCAUCGAAUGGUUUUUGGUGGGCUUACAUCACAAUGACUACAGUUGGAUACGGGGAUAAAACGGCCCGGACCAAAGCUGGUCGCGUUUUUGCAGUUGUUUGGGUUCUGACUGGUCUUUGCAUCUGUUCCCUGUUGAUUGGAACGAUAUCAUCAGCUUUUACGACAUCCACAACACCACCUGAAUCCAAAGACAUCAGGAUUUAUGGCUCGACGAUUGCAGUGUUACAAGACUCGCCGGAUCACAAACUUGGAGUACGAAGAAAUGCCAAAGUAAAUACAGGUAACAAAAAGUACACUUCAGUGGAAGAGCUUCGAGAUGUCCUGCUCAGUGGAACUGUGGAUGGAAUCUUGGUUGAUGCGUACGUCGCAGACGCUCGAAAAGAUCUUUUUUCCAGGUCGGAGUUCUUGGUCAAAAAAGUGAUUGAUGUUUCCUCAAGUUAUGGUGUUGUUAUGGGAACGGAUGCUAAGAAGCUAAGGAAAUGUUUUAGCAAAUUUUGGAAAGAUAAUUCGGCAGUCCGAAGCGAUUUUAUUGCAAAUAACUCAAGUCCUGUCCAGGUGACAGACGUUUCAGCCGAAGAUAUAACCAGUCAAACGUACAAUCCUCAAACAGCUUUAUAUCAAAUCACACUUUACACAUGCGGCGUCGCGCUGAUUGUUUUAUCUCUCUGCGGGUGUGUUUAUGAGAUUAUUAGAAGAAAGCGAAUCUCAGUGAAAGUUCAUUGCGAGAAAGAGUCUGCAGGAGUAUGCAAUGAUUUGCUAAGUCAGACGACUGUGUUUGCCGACGAGAUACAGAAGAAUAUCGCUGAUCUCCAGAGAAAACAGAAGAAAGAAAUAUUAGCAUUUAUCAAAUCACAAAGAAGCCAAGAGCAAAAAGGUCGACGCAUCCACUGCAGAAACAUGGCCAUGGUUAGCAUAUAUUCCGUCGCUAAACUGUACCGGCGCAAUAGUACACAGCAGAUGGUUGCUUACCUCGUCCAAUUGCUUCAGUAAUGAAACAAUUCCUCAGGAAUUACUUAUUCAAGUUCGAGAAAUUGAUUCUACGGGAAGAGUUAAAGGUGUCAGAUUGGUUUAUGUCAUCGACUACACGCGGGACCGUGGUUCAAGAAAUGGUUUCACAAUGUUAUACCUAGCACAGACUUCGCCUUCCCUGACGAAAAACGUGGUAUCGAUGCGCGCAGUUAAUUCUAAUCAGAAGAAUGAAACCAGCAUCGUUUUGAGCUGGGACAUGGAUCGCGCAAACGACGCAAGAAAUGUUAAUGUAUUUGCCUUGUCUGUUGACGUUAGCCCCUGCGUCGAU